AUGGUAACUAUUAUUCUCGAUAUAGAAAAUGAUCAAAAAAUAACUUUGCUAAAAAAUAGCAAAGUUAUAUCCGACACCUUUAAAUUUCCUUUACAAGAGUUUAUUCUAAAAACAGUCUUUGUUCCUGAUAUACCAAAUGAUCAAAAAAUAAUUUUGCCAAAAAGUGGUAAAGUUAUAUCCAAUAUCCCUGAACCUCCUUUAUGGAAGCUUAUUCUCAAAUCAGUUUUUGUAAAAGGAAUUAUUAAUAAAAUAUCUAAUAAAAAUUGGAUAAUAUUAAAUAUCUUAUUGCUAUUAUUAAUAUUCAAAGUAAAUUAUUAUUUUAAUUGUAUAAUCUAUACACAGAAUUCCUGUCCUUACUUAUUAGCUACUUUACUUCUAUUAGCUACAAAGUCUAAAAAGAAUAUUCGGAUUUAUCAAAAUUAUUGUAAACUGAACAAUAUUAUUAUUAAGAAUCAAUAUCCCUUGCUAUUAAUCAAAAAGACUUUCAAUACCUUAUACUAUAUAAAAGUCUAUAUCAAAUUGAAUAUUAUUACUAUAUUUAAUAAAUUAAGAAUUAUAGAAGAUUAUAAAUAA